GAAUAGAUGGAUUGAAGUUAAAUUGAAUAUAUACAAGUUUUUUUUAUCCUAAACAUUCUCUGUGCUUUCGUGUGACCUAUAAUAUGGAUGAUAUAGAACGUUUUAUAAAAGUUAUACAACAAAAAAGAUUGGCUAAUCAGCGUGAAUUAGAACAUCUCGACGAAGAGCCUAGUGAACAUAAAGAGUUAAUGAAGGAAUUGCGAGACUUGAGAAGGGAAACAGAACAAUGCAAGGAGAACAUCACAAAACAUCUCAAUAUGAUAACAUCACACAAACACUCUGUACAUAAAAUAGUACAUUCUACAAGCAAUAUUUCAGGCUUACCUGUAUCACACGAUUACGCACAAGAUAUGACAACAAUGUUUACUGAUGCAAUUGAAUUCUUGAAUAAUAUAGGAGAUAUUCACAAAGCACUCGCUAACGUUAAAGAAAAUAAUGUGGAUCCUUCAAAAUUAAUUCAAGAUGUGACAAUGUGCAUAGAAGUUGUAGAAAACAAGUUAUAUCAAACAAAGUGCAGUAUUGCCCAACUGGAAACAUUGAAGGAAAAUGUAGUAGUGCUCCAACAUCUCUUAAAUAGUAGUAAUAAUAUUGAAGAUGGAAAUAUAGAUUCAAAUAACAUCAAUAAUGAAUCAACAGAUAGCAGUUCAACUAUUAUGUAAUAAAUAUAUUAAC